AGCUAGAGCUGUGGCCGGGCCAGUGUGCUCGUUCCACCGAUCAGUAGCUAUAUAUAACCAUCCAUGUCCGUUGCAGUUGUUUCCUUGUACCCCAUCACCGGCAACAACUUUAUUCCCGUCGACCCGACUCCAUCGUCUCCCCUCCACUACUGCACCACCCGAUCGAUCAUGAGCAUCUCCGUGAACGGGCAGUCGGUGGUGCCGCCGGGGUUCCGGUUCCACCCGACGGAGGAGGAGCUGCUCACCUACUACCUCGCAAAGAAGGUGGCCUCGCAGCGCAUCGACCUCGACGUCAUCCCCGACGUCGACCUCAACAAGCUCGAGCCAUGGGACAUCCAAGAGUGCUGCCGGAUCGGAACAGGCCCGCAGAACGACUGGUACCUGUUCAGCCACAAGGACAAGAAGUACCCCACGGGCACGCGCACCAACCGCGCCACCACCGUCGGGUUCUGGAAGGCCACCGGCCGGGACAAGGCCAUCUACCCCGCCGCCGGCUACGGCCACAUCGGCAUGCGCAAGACGCUCGUCUUCUACCAAGGCCGCGCCCCCCACGGCCACAAGUCCGAUUGGAUCAUGCACGAGUACCGCCUUGAAGACGCCACAACCCCGGGCAACAACCCCGCCAACCGAGCCAUCGGCAACGCCCCCUACUACCCCGGCUCCUCAUCCUCGAUACGCAGCGUGGUCGGGGACCAGUCGUCGGCGCAGGAAGACGGGUGGGUCAUCUGCAGGGUGUUCAAGAAGAAGAACAUCGUCGUGCAGCAACAAGCUGACCAGAACGGCGGUGGCCGCCGCACAGCGUCCAACAACCUGGUCGCCGCCGGUGCCAUAGAGCUCAGCCGGAGCAACUGCUCGUCCACGGUGACCACCGCCAGCGACCACGCCAAGGCGACCCAUAUGCAGCAGCAUUAUUACUCCGCCAGUGACGACGCGCUCGAUCAUAUCCUGAACCAGUACAUGCAUGGCCGCUCGUCCACGACCACAACGUCGUGCAAGCAGGAGACCAAUGCCACCAACCCAUCAUCGUCGGCGCUGGACCACCUGAUCAACAGCGAAUGCCACAACGGCAGCAGCACCCUCUACGAGAAGCUCCCGCCGCUCGAGCACGUGGUUCCCGGCGAACUCCUGCCGCCGACGGAGUACAGCGGCGACUGGGACGCCCUCGACCGGCUCGCGGCGUACGAGCUGAACGGCCUCUCCGACGCGGCGUCGGCCAAGACGACAAAUGGCAUGCCCUUCAUCGUCGACGAGCUCGGUGGCGCCACGGCCUACUCCGGUGGUGGCAGGCUACACGUUUCCUCCAUCACCGGCACCGGCGAUGGCGACCUGUGGAGCCUAGGGCGGUCGGUGUCAUCGCUACACGCCGACUUGACGAUAAACUCUUUUAACGCUGUCGGAUACUGACACUAUCCUAGCCCAAACUUGCUUUUUGUGCAAAUAGAUUUUCAUAUAUGGAGUUAAUACAAUUGCACGAAAAUUCAAUUUUUGCACAACAAGGUGUACACACAGUCAAUACGCGGCGACUUCCGGUGGCAUGAGGUACCCCCAA